GGAAGAAGUUCCUGUGAAGCGUGUAAGAACUUGAGUGGAGAACUAAGGUCAAUGCAUACUCGAAGAAGUUCCAUUCGCGUGAGUGGUGAAAUGAGGUCGAGACUGAUUGUAAUCGAUUGAGAGCAGAGCAGGUGACAUAUUAUCGAGGAUGAGUACAAUAGAUAGUGAGAUGAAACUUUGAGAGUCUGUGAGAGGACAGCAAUGCCCGUUUGAGCAUUAGUAUAGAGAGAUCCCCGUUGUGCUUGUGUCUCCUCGUCGAUAUCUCUUUCUUGAUCCUCGAGAAAGAAGUGUCACCUACCCGGAUCCUUGCAAACAGAAGCCGGAAAUACACAAAGGUUGCAAGAACCUUCGCCUCAAAAAUGUCAAGAUUAUGUCAUCAAAGCCCUCCAACCCGAAAUCCAUGCAAGGUUCAAAACUACUGCCGUCGAUUUAUUAAAGGAUAGUAGUAGUACGACUAGACAUUAAAUCAAAAAUAUGUCUGACGAAGAAGAACAACAACAAAACGUCGACCCAAGGGCCGCUGCCCUUGCUGGUGUACCGGAUUGUCAUGUGAGACAAAACGACCUUCCCGACCAUCUUUGGGAUAAGGUAAUCAGACCAUGCUUGCUAUGAUAUGUAGUUUUAUUGUUGAAUCGAGCUGAUAGCAUUAGCAAUGCUAAGGGAAGAGACUAAAGACUGACUGUCUAUGUGAGACUUGAGACCACUUCGUUAAUGCAGACAACAGCAAACGCAAGAUAUUAACACGGCAUUCUUCUCCUCCUCCACAGGUAAGAAUUGCCUUGAAGGAAGCGCUCGCAGCACACAAGAUGGAGAAAGACAUCGCGUAUUAUGUUGAUACAAGAUGAUUUUUGUUUUCUAUUUACUUUGAUCAGCUUGAAUGAUCCAUCUCGUCGCUCAUCGUCAUCAGAAUAAAAGAACUCGCUCUCAUCAUUUGACAGGCGCUAUAUCAAGACAAAGAUCGAUGAGGACCCAGAUUUUAACGAGUUGCCAGGCAAAGGCCCGUGGCAGACAAUAGUAGGGAAGUCCUUCGCAGGCGCAAUAACACACGAAGCGAGUACUUUCAGAUUUUGGAUUUUCCACAAUGUUGAGCAUGUUUUUCCGAUGAUAAGAAGAUGACAAUAUAAUACCUCUAGACCAGGCAGUACAUGAAUGCUACGUAGUUCUCAUUGAGCAAGAAAUAGUACAUUCCUUUCUACUCGUGUAGGACUUGAUUUGGUUUUCGACCACACUUUUACCUCGUCGCAGGUCACGUGUGCAUGUUCGAUGUUGCGAACUCUAGGGAAACGGUUUUGCUGUGGAAAUCACUGUCAGUGCAGAACUAGGAUGCGGGACGACGUGCUCAAGCAACACAAAUAGGAGAGGAUGCGCUCCUCAAUUCGGACUUUUACAUUCGCAUUCAAUCUAGGAGAUCAAAGAAAAAUGAUAGUAUCCUUAACAUUUGCUGACUUUCAACUACCGUGGUUCGCGAGGCCUUCAGAAAAAGGCUGCGAGGGUGCCAGAACAUUGCACCACCUCCCCUGGGCUGUGUAAUUCUUCCCCUGAAAAUUUAUAGUACCGACAAUUAGAGAAUCAUUGCUGUACCCCAAGAAGAUAUAAAUGACCCUGAGGAGAACAUGAGGUUGAGCCUAUGUGCAAACAUGUAACCACGCUAGGACAGAAGACUAGGGUGUCCAUGUGGACCUCAGAGGCUGCGCCAAGGAGCGGGAGUUGGUCCUGUGCUCUUUCGAUAACAGUGACGUUGAAAAAAGGCUAUUAGUGACAUGAAAGAGGCCAGUAAGAAAGGAAAGGUCUUCCACAAAGAGAGGAGCAGUUGUAAACGAAGCAUCUUUGUUGACGAAAAUUUGGGUCUUACCCUGAUAAAUUUGAAUUUCAAGAUAGGAGUUGCUCAAUGUAACUGGGAGUCAAAGUAGUGAGAAAUAGAAUCUUACAAAGCUCGAGGGACG